AUGCCUGGAUUGUUCGAGGGCAGUGAGAUAUCCCCCGAGCCGGAAAAGCCCCUGUCUCCGCUCCAUGCGGCAGUUGAUGCUGAAGAUGUGGACCAGGUGCGCCAAUUGGCUGUCAUUGCGGACCCUGUCGAUUUAACUACCGCUCUAAGUCGAUCCUGCCAACGCGGUAAAAUAACCAGCGCCCAGGCCCUGCUUGAGACGGGGCGAUGUGAUGUCAACGCGCUGGUGGAGGGAGACACGCUUUUAUUCUUGGCAGCGAAAAAAGCCGACUUGGUAAUAGUCAGACUCCUGCUUCAGCAUGGUGCCGAUGCCACAAUCAGAUCCAAGAACAAGCGGUCCGGAGACAAUCCCCCGGCAUUCACACCCCUUCACGGAGUGGCGGACAGCACGCGUCCUUAUGAAAAGUUGGAAGACCUGCCCCGCUACGAAGAACUGAUGCAGCUGCUGCUGGACGCUGGGUGCGACAUCAAUGCACAAGAUGCCCAUGGAAAUACCGCACUGCUGCUCUCCGUACACAAUGAGAUCGCCCUGGUCCCAUUUCUUCUACGACAUGGCGCGGACCCGAAUAUCGCAGAGGACCGGGGAGGCACCUCCGCCCAUUUCCUCCACCAUCCCCUAGACCACCCAGAGUGGUUCAAAGGCCUUAUGGCGAAUGGAGCCCGCCUGAACAUUGUUCGAGAUGGAGAUGGUCAAACCCCGCUGCAUGCCUAUGCGUCUAAAUGCCAGCUGGGUGAUCUCUCGCUAUUCCGUUCAUACGUGUCGGAUUGGAUGAUCACCGACGGAAAUGGCAACACUAUUCUUCAUACCGCCGUCGCGAGACAUCUUCUCGGGAGCAAAACUAUAGGGGAACUGCUGAAGCUUGGAAUUGAUCCGAACCAGAGGAACCAUGAAGGGCAGCAGCCAAUUCACAUGGUCGAGGGCUCUGAACACGAUGUCAAGGAUGUUUUGGACAUUCUCUGUGCAGCCGGUGCAGAUCUCGAGGCUAGAGAUUAUCGUGGAUGUACGCUUCUCACCAAGGCCUUGCAUGGCACCCCGCAGUGGAAUUGUCGCGAAAUUCUUCCCUACCUCAUCAGCCGCGGAGCCAAAAUCAACGCCCAAGACUACAAAGGCAAUGGGGUGCUAUCAUAUUUGAUCGAACCAUACCGUUUUCGAUACGAGUACUUGGACUUUUUACUGUCCCUUGGAGCAGAUCCAAAAAUGGUAAACUACGAAGGAGAUACAUUCAUGCAUCAUCUCGCAGCCAAUUUUGCUACUGUCAGCCAAGAUAAUGCUCUUUUGGCCAUGAUUCAACUCAUCAAAAUGGGUGUCUCUCCGACAACUCCUAAUUUCCGAGGCUGGACGCCUCUGCAUAUGUUAUGCAGUCAGUCUUCAGACUAUUUGUUUGCGGCGACCGCAGAGGGAGGCAAGUCUGCUAUUGACCUACUCCUAGAUGCGGGUCUUGGUGUUGCUUUAAACAUGAGUGACCACCAGGGAAUUAGGCCUAUCCACCUCGCGGCCACGAUUUCAGAGCACCUGGUCUGUAAAUUACUCGCUCGCGGGGCUGAUGCUUCUGUUUCAACAAAGGAUGGCCGCAAUCUGUUGCAUAUUGCGUCAACUGCACGCCAAAGUAACUGCGUUGGGCUGAUUCUGGCCCAUUGCGACUCCAAGGAGCUGGUCUCAAUGCUCAAUGCACGCUCAGAAGAUGGAAGAACGCCGUUGCAUGUGGCAUGUCGCUCUGGAAGACUGGAGACGGUGAACCUUCUCCUCGCAUAUGGAGCAGAUGUCAACUUCGAAGACAAGCAUAAUCGUACCGCUCUAGAUACAUGUGCCGAAUCCAUUGCCGAAGAUCAGCUCUGGCAGGGGGUCGAUGAUCAGGAAAAUUUGAUGAAAACGUGCUCUGCGGCAGGGGUUUUGGUAGAAGACAACAACCGGCCAAAACAGCCUAAAUUGAAUAUGAAAACGCCGUGCAACAACACCAAAAGCUUAGGGUGGAAAGGAGAAAUCACAUCGGAAAGUUCGACACUCGGAGUUGGACGAAUCGUGCGAGCAUUGGCGUUUCAUGGAGCCUUGGCAUGCGAAAAGAAGUUCGGCACUGGUCCCAUGUAUUCUGCGGUUGCCGAGGGAAACGAGGAAAUGGUCGUGGAACUAGACCGGCUAUCACGAGAAAUGAGCAUUGGGAUGGAUGAUUUCCGCCCCGUCAAUACUGAGUUCUAUCUGCUGCGCUCUCAGCACUUCCCAGACCUUCUCAGGGAGAAAUUCAAGGAGUAUGUUUCUGAACACAAUGUGCUCCCAAUGAUCUUGCUUGGCUACCACCAAGAGGUUGCACAGGCUCUGGAGCAGAACGCUUCUAUUAUCGAGGAUAAAUCCUCUAUGCCAGCAAUCAUGGCCUCGCUCGCGAGGUGGGGCUUUUCGGAACUCUUUGGCCGGAUCGGCAGCACUAUGACUGGCAACUGGAUUAACGGUGGCGACACCAGUCUCCGUGGAGAAAAACUGACUCCGUAUCUUCUAGCAGCUGGCCAGCGAGAUCUUCCCAAUCUGGAUGUUAUCCAGGUCAUAGUCGAGAAGUUCAACGCGGAUGUUAAUAUCAGAUUUGAAGCAGACAUGGUCGACAAACCCAAGGUGUACUACCAAUCAACGAUGGCACUGAACCGGCAUUACAAACCAGGUGACACAAUUCUUCAUCAACUGGCCCAAGGUACGCACUGGUGGCAUGAAGGAGCCAUUCGAUACCUCCUAGAACAUGGAGCCGACCCCAAUACCCGAAAUCAUCAGGGCAAGACGCCAUUAUGCAAUGCAGUUUCACGGGGAGAACUGGGCGGCUACCGCCAGCUUGAAAUCGCCAGAAUCUUGCUGGAGGGCGGUGCCGAUCCCAACAUCCCUGCGACGUGUGGUUAUACUCCGCUAGCAAUGUCCGCGCAUGACACCAAAUUGUUCGACUUGCUGAUCGAACAUGGAGCAUAUCCCUCUCCAGAUCACCCCAUGGAACUUUUUGUUGCAUUGUAUAGUUUCAACAAAGACGUUGUCUCCGCUCUUUUGGAAAUGGACCUGGACUGCAACAAGACGGCAUUAUCCGAUGCACAGCCACAUUGGCACACCCACCGUUUCCAAAAGGUUCCUGUAAACAGCGGGCUCAUCCUGAGUCCUCUUCUGUACAUCUCAAUGCUACCAUUCAACGAAUCAAAUAGCCGCGACCACGCCUGCAAGAUGAUUCGAUUCCUACUAGAACGCGGUGCAGAUCCAUUUCUGCCUUGCGACGCGAAUGAACUGGUUCUGCACCAGAUUUUUGCUUCUGGAGGAAUCAUUCAACCAUGGCUUGAGAUGCCCAACCUGGACCUAACACGACGUGACCCGAAAGGAAGAACGCUGCUGCUGGCAGCGGCGAGCUGUGCGACUGGAACUGAAUCGUAUGCUUGCACAGUCUCGGCGUAUCCACUCCGAGGUGGACAGCUUGGACCGGUGUCCUGGAAGGAGGGUGACCCCACGCGUGCAAUGACCCUGUUUGAACGGGGAGCGGAUUUGAGCGCUAUAGAUUACGACAACAAUAAUGUGCUACAUUAUCUGGCAGACGUUGACUGCUCCAAUGAUCACUUCGCGUCGAUUGAAGUUCGACGGACAUUGUCCUUGUUCGUGGAUAAAGCCCCUGGGUUGGCACGCCAGACCAAUGUGCAUGGUCAGACGCCCUGGUCAAUUGCCGCGGAGAAGAAUUUCGUAGAGUUCAUGGAGAUUUUGCAUACGGAUAAUAUGCUCACGGAAUGA